UUCCUACCCCUGGAGCUCUGUUGGGGUGGGGUGGGACUCGACUACUCCAGCGAUCGUGGCAGUGACUGCCCAAGGGCUGGACGGAAAUGUCAAUGUCGGACAGCGGGGCUACACGUCUGAGGCGGCAGCUGGAGUCAGGCAGCUUCGAGGCGCGGCUAUACGUAAAGCAGCUAUCUCAGCAGUCGGAUGGGGACCGGGACCUCCAGGAGCAUCGGCAGCGCAUCCAGGCGCUGGCCGAGGAGACGGCGCAGAACCUGAAACGCAAUGUGUACCAGAACUACCGGCAGUUCAUAGAGACGGCCCGCGAGAUCUCCUACUUGGAGAGUGAGAUGUAUCAGCUAAGCCACCUGCUCACAGAGCAGAAAAGCAGCCUGGAAAGCAUCCCGCUCACCCUGCUUCCCUCCGCUGCCGCUGCCGGAGCCACCGCGGCCUCUGGAGGAGAGGAGGGAGGAGGCAGUGUCGGGGGCCGAGACCACCUCCGAGGCCAGGCCGGCUUCUUCCCCACCCCCGGGGGUGCCUCCCGCGACAGUUCAGGGCCGGGCGAGGAAGGAAAACAACGCACCCUCACCACCCUGCUUGAAAAAGUGGAGGGCUGCAGGCACCUGUUGGAGACACCGGGACAAUACCUGGUGUACAACGGGGACCUAGUGGAGUAUGAGGCGGACCACAUGGCCCAGUUGCAGCGGGUGCAUGGCUUUCUGAUGAACGACUGUUUGCUGGUGGCCACCUGGCUGCCCCAGCGGCGUGGGAUGUAUCGCUACAAUGCGCUCUACCCCCUGGAUGGCUUGGCUGUGGUCAAUGUCAAGGACAACCCGCCCAUGAAGGACAUGUUCAAGCUACUCAUGUUCCCCGAGAGCCGUAUUUUUCAGGCAGAGAAUGCUAAAAUCAAACGGGAAUGGCUGGAAGUGCUGGAAGAAACCAAGAGGGCCCUCAGUGAGAAGCGGCGAAGGGAGCAGGAGGAAGCGGCAGCUCCCCGAGGGCCACCCCAAGUGACUUCCAAAACUGGCAACCCGUUUGAGGAGGAUGAAGAAGAAGCAGCAGCUGUGCCUGAGGUGGAGGAAGAGAAAGUGGACCUCUCAAUGGAAUGGAUCCAGGAGUUGCCAGAGGACCUGGAUGUUUGUAUUGCCCAGAGGGACUUUGAAGGGGCCGUAGACCUGCUGGAUAAAUUGAACCAUUACCUGGAAAAUAAGCCCAGCCCUCCUCCUGUAAAAGAACUAAGGGCCAAAGUGGAUGAGCGAAUCCGCCAGCUCACGGAGGUCUUAGUUUUCGAACUCUCCCCAGAUCGAUCCCUGCGAGGCGGGCCUAGGGCCACUCGCAGAGCCGUUUCUCAGCUAAUCCGCCUUGGCCAGUGCACUAAGGCAUGUGAGCUGUUUUUGAGGAAUAGGGCAGCAGCUGUGCAUACCGCCAUCCGACAGCUGCGCAUUGAGGGUGCCACUUUGCUUUACAUACAUAAAUUAUGCCAUGUCUUCUUUACCAGCCUUCUGGAGACAGCAAGGGAAUUUGAGACCGAUUUUGCAGGCACGGACAGUGGCUGCUACUCCGCCUUUGUGGUCUGGGCACGGUCAGCCAUGGGCAUGUUUGUGGAUGCUUUCAGCAAGCAGGUGUUUGAUAGUAAAGAGAGCCUCUCCACAGCAGCGGAGUGUGUAAAGGUGGCCAAAGAGCAUGGUCAGCAGCUGGGAGAUAUUGGCCUCGACCUCACCUUCAUCAUUCACGCCCUCCUGGUGAAAGACAUCCAGGGCGCCUUGCACAGCUACAAAGAAAUCAUCAUUGAAGCCACUAAGCAUCGCAAUUCUGAGGAGAUGUGGAGGAGAAUGAACUUGAUGACGCCAGAGGCCCUGGGAAAACUCAAAGAAGAGAUGAAGAGUUGUGGAGUGAGUAACUUUGAGCAGUACACAGGGGAUGACUGCUGGGUGAACCUCAGCUACACAGUGGUUGCUUUCACCAAACAGACCAUGAGCUUCUUGGAAGAGGCCCUGAAGCUCUAUUUCCCAGAGCUGCACAUGGUACUUUUGGAGAGCCUGGUGGAGAUCAUAUUGGUUGCUGUUCAGCAUGUGGAUUAUAGUCUGAGGUGUGAGCAGGAGCCAGAGAAGAAGGCCUUCAUUCGACAGAAUGCCUCGUUUCUAUAUGAAACCGUUCUCCCUGUGGUGGAGAAGAGGUUUGAAGAAGGUGUGGGAAAGCCUGCCAAGCAGCUCCAAGACUUGAGGAACGCAUCCAGACUUAUCCGAGUGAAUCCUGAAAGUACAACAUCAGUGGUCUGAUAACGUGGAUCUGUUUAUAGAAGAGAGAUACAUGUCUGUUGCUUAUGUGUUAUUUAUAUUAAGUUCCACUAGCGUAUUCUUUAUAGUCUCAACACAGCAU